ACAUAAUCAUUUCAUCUAAGUAACUAAUCAAAGCCAAAUCAGCUACAAACUCCCUCGAGUCUACCACGUUGAAAUAAAGCAUUCUCCUAAGUAAGAAAGAAAGAUCAAGCUUCAAAAACAAUGUCUUCAUCCUCCAUAUCGAAACGCAUCUUUUUGGUCCUUAACUUGGCCGUGGUAGCCAUACAAGUCUUUCUUGUACGCAGUGUUUCAUCCAUGAACAAGACCAACGCGUAUCUAUCCCACCAAUGCUCUGAGACUGAAGGGAAAUACAAGCCCAAGAGCCCGUACGAAGGAAACCUCAACUUUCUCAUCAGUGACAUGUAUAAAGACACUUUUGUAAGAGGUUUCGUCUAUGCCUAUCAAGGCGACGAUCCCAACACCGUUUACAUCUUGCUCCAAUGCCGUGGUGACUCUUACGGCUCCAAGUGUGGUUCCUGCCUCACCACAGCCACCUCCGAGCUACGUAGAAGAUGUCCAAUGAACAAGGCCGGGAUAGUUUGGUUUGAUAAAUGCCUUCUCAAGAUUUCUCCAACUGCUUUCUUCGAGAAGAUCGAUGACAAGAACAAGUUCUAUAUGUACAGAACGAAGAAAGUAAGUGAUCCGGUGUCGUUCAAUGCAAAGACAAAGGCUCUACUCACCGAGUUGACCACGAAAGCUACUCGUAGAUCAGAUAAGUUAUUGUUGUACGAGAAGGGGGAGAUGAAUCUAGGGAAGAUGAAGCUGUACGGGAUGGUGCAGUGUACGCGGGACUUAUGGUUUACGGUUUGUAAAACGUGUUUGGAUAAUAUAAUUAGGGAGCUUCCUAAAUGCUGCAAUGGUAAAGAAGGAGGGAGAGUUGUGAGUGGGAGUUGUAACUUUCGGUAUGAGAUUUACCCUUUUCUUGACACUGUUCGAUGAGAUCUCCAAUUUUUGUUUGUUUGUCAACCCGAGAGCUCCGUAUUAAAAAGGGUUAAUUGUAACUGUGGGAGCUUCAAUAAAUGAACAUAUAGGGUUGCGAACGGAAA